AUGAGUGAGCCAGGUCACACAUCUUGCUGCUGUGAUGGCACACUGUGGGAUUUCUCCAGUGAAUAUUGGUUGAAGCUCACUUUCCCCGGCUCGUUCCAGAUCGGUCGUAAGGACCGUCUGUGGAGGAACUGUCUAAGAUGCGGCUCAGUUUUGGACGUCAAGCUGCUGAAGAAGGCCUGGGAGGACAGUGGUUAUUUGCACAAGUGCGAGUCAGAUUGCCAACGGAAGAGACCAACCUCGCCCUGGUGCACGAAGUAUCUCCAUAAGCCCUACCUCAUCAGUGGGAAUAAGUUUGACCUGCGUAUCUAUGUGUACGUGACGUCUUACGAACCGCUCCUGUUUACAUCUUCAAGACGGACUCGUCCGGUUCGCCAGCGGUCAAGCGUCAACAAGAAGAACUCAGACUAUCAGAUUGACAGUGACAAGACCUGCCAGGGACACAAGUGGGCUCUGAAGGCACUGUGGCACUACCUAGGCUCGAAGGGAGUUGACACUACGCUGAUCUGGGAGGAGAUUAAGGACAUUGUCAUCAAGACCAUCAUUGCGUCUGAUCCGUACGUCAACACGCUAGUCAAGAUGCACCUGCGCUCCUCCUACAGCUGUCAUGAGCUGUUUGGCUUUGACGUCAUGCUGGAUGAGAACCUCAAGCCUUGGGUUCUGGAGGUCAAUAUAUCUCCAAGCCUCCACUCCAGCACCGCUCUGGACGUGACCAUAAAGGGCCAGAUGAUCAGAGAUGUGUUAAACCUGGCGGGUUUCCUUCUGCCUCAGAGAGAAGAGGUGCACCCGUCCUUCAGUUCCUCCGGCAGCUCCUCCAGCAGUUUGAGUGGAGGAACCCGGGAGAGAACCAGAUCGGAUAUUUCUACUGAUGAGAAAGUCAAACGGGCCUUCUACCUGAGCCAGCGCUUUUGCAGACCAGGUAUAUUCAUGCAGCGACAGAUGCAACUACUGGUCCCGUGUGGCUCAGUUGACUCUCUGGUCCUCAAGACCCUCUUGAGUUCCUCAGACCCUCUGGUUCCUCUGGUUUCCUCAAGACCCACUGAUCCCUCAUGGUUUCCUCAAGACCCUCUGUUCUCCAAGAAACCCUCUGGCGUCCUCAAGACCCUCUGGUUACAUCAAACCCUCUGGUUCCUCAAGACCCUUCUGGUUCCUCAAGAUCCUCGGAUCCUCAAGACCCUCUGGUUCCUUCAAGACCCUCUGGAUCCUCAGACCUCUGGAUCCUCCUCAAGGGACCCUCUGGUUUCCUCAAGACCUUUGGUUCCUCAAGACCCUCUGUCCUCAAGACCUCUGGCUUCCUCCAAGAACCCUCUGGGUUCCUUGUCAAGACCCUCUGUGUUCUCAAGACCCUCUGCGUUCCUCAAGACCUCUGGUUCCUCAAGACCAUCUGGUUCCUUCAUAGACCUUCUGGUCCUCAAGGACCUCUGGUCCUUCAAGACCCACUGA